UACGCUAUAAUAUUUUAGAAAAAGAAAAAAUUCACGAGUGCAGUAAAAAGCACUCACAAAUUUUUUUACGAGUGUGCAACUGCACAUGCGAUCGCACUCGUCUGAAGGAAUGGCCUGCAGCAGCCAAGAAUCUUUAAGCUAAUCUUAUACUAAAUCUCCCAGGUAAUUCCCAUAUUUCACCGCACAUUUCAACCUGGAUUAUAUAAUGUACUUUGUUAUGUAUAUUCUGGAAAAACGUAUAAAUGAUGAUAAUGAACAGAGGUUAAUUUUUUUCGAUUAUAUUGUAGAUUAUAUAUACAAAAUUAACAAAAUGACGGAGGAUACACCACAAAAGUUCUAUGGGUAUGAAGAAAAUUUGAUGCAUGGUCAGUACAUGUCAAGUUUGGCUGACUAUACUAAAGACUAUGCCAAGAAGCUUAAGUACCGUACUGAGGAUGAUGAUUUGAUGAGUGAAAUUGAUCAUGAACACAGUUUGAAGUCAUACAGUCAUACUCACACUGGGAAAAAAUGCUGGAGACUUUCAUAUCAUUGGAAAAAGAUUCGACCUUUGCUAGCCAAUGACUAUAGUUUCCUUUUAAUUCUUGGUGUUAUGAUGGCUGUUAUUAGUUUUGGGUUGGAUUAUGUCAUUGAAAAAUUUCAAAUGGCACAAAUUCUGCUGUACAACACGGUACACUUUAGUGUUGUUUUGCAAUACCUACUAUGGGUUGGUUUCCCAUUGCUACUUAUCACAUUCAGUGUUGGAUUUGUGCACUUAGUUUCUCCACAUGCUAUAGGCUCGGGUAUACCUGAGAUGAAGGUUAUUUUGAGAGGAACAGUUCUUAAGAGGUAUCUGUCCUUCCAGACAUUUAUCGCAAAAACGAUUGGUUUAAUCACAGCUUUAGGAAGUGGAAUACCCAUUGGUAAAGAGGGUCCAUUUGUACAUAUCUCUAGCAUGUGUGCCCGGAUGCUAAGUAAAUUUAUCAAAGGUUUUCAGGGAAUUUAUGUAAAUGAAGCAAGAAAUGUUGAUAUGCUCGCCUGUGCUUGUGCUCUUGGUGUAUCUAGUAGCUUUGCUGCUCCUAUUGGAGGUGUUCUCUUCGCAAUUGAAGUAACAUCAACAUAUUUUGCUGUUCGUAACUACUGGCGAGGAUUCUUUACUGCAGUUUGUGGUGCUUUCAUGUUUAGGCUGCUGGCAGUUUUAGAUUCAUCUGAAGAAACUAUUACUGCAUUAUUUAAAACAAACUUCAACAUUGACUUUCCUUUCGAUGUUCAAGAAUUUGUAGCUUUUGGGUUUAUUGGCCUCACCUGUGGUCUGGCUGGUGCUUUAUUUGUGUAUACUCAUCGGAAGAUAGUUGACUUCAGUCAAAGGCAUGCAGAAUCAAAAUUGAAUAGAUUCCUUGCAAAAAGUCGAUUUAUUUAUCCUGCUAUAAUUGUCAUAUUUGUUUCAACGUUAUCGUUUCCAAAAGGUUUUGGCAUGUUUAUGGCUGGCCAGUUGACACAAAAAGAAGCGGUCGUUGAACUUUUCUCCAACAUAACCUGGUCAAGUGGUAUUGAAACACCAGAAACGCAAGAAAUCCUGUCUCAUUGGAAAACUGAAUACAGCAGCAAUGUUUAUGUUACUCUUGUUAUUUUUAUUAUUGUAAAGUUUCUUCUGACAGCUGUUUGCAUUGCUCUACCAAUUCCUGCUGGUGCUUUUUUCCCCGUGUUCGUUAUAGGAGCUGGCUAUGGCCGCUUAGUUGGUGAAUGUAUGGCUACAUGGUUUCCAGUUGGUUUUCGAACUGGUGCAGUGCUAUCGCCUGUGUUACCAGGUGGUUACGCAGUUGUAGGUGCAGCAGCUAUGGCAGGAGCAGUAACGCACACAAUAUCAACUUCAGUCAUUGUUUUUGAACUCACUGGACAGAUUACUCAUAUCUUACCUGUAAUGGUUGCUGUGCUAAUUGCAAACGCUGUUGUGCAGCCUCUUCAACCAUCCAUCUACGAUAGUAUCAUUGAAAUCAAAAAAUUACCUAAUCUACCGGACAUUAAACGUACAAGGCAUUACAAUGUAAACGCUGGCGAUAUAAUGGUGACCAAAGUAUUGUUUAUUUCCACGAAAAGUACAUACCUUCAUGUGAGAGAUUUACUGCGCAAAUCAUUUCACAGUUCUUUUGCACUGGUUGAUAACCCAGAGUCGAUGAUACUACUUGGUAGCAUCCGAAGACCUCAACUAGAGUGGUUACUGCAGAGACAGCUAUUAAGUGGUCAGACGAAAGAUCGUGUUGAGAAUGGCGAUGUUACGUCACCAAGGCAUGCUUCUGUGAAGUUUUCAUCAGGGGAAGUCUCGAUGAACAUGCCUCAUGGGGGAAGUCGACAAUCAAGGAAGAAAUCGUCCAAUAAACCGGCUGAAACGCCUGUGUCACUACAGAAGUUAUUUAAUACAAGUGUGUCAGAGAUGGGAGAGUCUACAGUGGGUGAUAUGAGUCUGGAUACCAAUCAACUGCCUCAGUGGGAAGUUGAACUAUUGGUAGAGCAAAUCGAUUUUACUGACUGUCAAAUAGAUCCAGCUCCUUUCCAAUUGGUUGAAAAAACAUCUCUUUACAAAGUGCACAAGCUUUUUUGUUUACUGAAUUUAAGUCACGCUUAUGUGACCACGAUCGGUCGACUCGUGGGCAUAGUCUCACUUGAUGAGGUUCGUAUGGCUAUUGAUAAUGAGCGCUUGUUUAUUCAACGUCGUUUCACACGUCUACAAAGCGGCGACGCUGAUCACGACGACGCAUUUUAUGACGACGCCCAAUCUCAGUCUUCAAUAGGGGUCAAGUCACGUGCUUAUACAGAACCUGCGCCAUACUCGGUAGAUGGAUCUUCAGUGGGUGGACUUUCGUUACCUCCAUUCAGACAUAACAAGUAGAGGUACAAUCAACACCACACACCUUUUUCCUCAUGGACGUUUAAUAGUUUCCCAACUUUGGUAGCCUAAUAUUUGUAUUUCGAAUAUUUUCUAUCUGGUCAAGUAAACGCUUGUUCACUGAAGCGCAGUACAUGCUUUUUUAUUAAUAUGGAAAUUAACAGGAAUUUUAUAUAAGAAUUAUAAAUUUAUUAAUUUUACAUAAGUUUGAUUUAAACAAUCUAUUUAUAAUUAUCAUAAAUGUCGUCAAAGUUGUGUUAUUUCACCUAUUUUCAACUAUAGUAUUUUUUUGUUUGUUUCUAUUGAAUACAAUAUUAAUUAUGUUA